UACUCUGAGGCUCAGCAGCCAAAAGUGAAGAGGAGCGAGCAAGCAGAGGUUAAGUUGUGGAGCUCGUAACUGGGGCUUGUUAUGUUGCCACGGUUUGCAGAGAGGACUACUUCUGUUGGAGAUGAGCGGACUGCCGCUGGUGGAACCACGUCCCUUUGAUUCGGGAAUCUUUCUCAUUCCUGAGACUAGCUCAUUUUGAUUUGAUAGAAGCUUUUGGAGAGCCUCUGCCUCUGUUUGAGGUUAGAUUGGUGUUCCUUCUGACAGGCCUUGGAGAUCCUCUUGGCGCCCGGCCGCACACCAUUUUCUUCUUCUUCUGUGCUCCAGGAGCGCUGAGGAGGACCAUCAGCGGGAGUGUUUCCUGGAUAAAAGCCAACCUUUAAAACGGCAACAUGACGUCUCACCUCUGCUUCCUCCUGCUGGCCGCUCACGUGCUCGCUGCGAGCGGCCAGCCCGAGCCCAAGAACCAAAUCCCCCAGGCCCCUCUGUCCGUGACCCAGAGACUCGGGCUGGUCCAGAGGAGAGCGCAGGACCCGGCGAGGCCCAACAUCACCAUGCCCCGCCGGCGCCUGCCGCCCAUGUGCACGGGCCCCACGGAAAUCCGCGACACCUUCAAGUACAUCAACACGGUGGUGUCCUGCCUGGUGUUCGUGGUCGGCAUCAUCGGCAACUCCACCCUCCUGAGGAUCAUCUACAAGAACAAGUGCAUGCGGAACGGGCCGAACAUUCUCAUCGGCAGCCUGGCGCUCGGUGACCUGCUGCACAUCAUCAUCGCCAUCCCCAUUAACGUCUACAAGCUCCUGGCAGAGGACUGGCCGUUUGGGGUGACUCUGUGCAAGGUCGUGCCGUUUGUCCAGAAAGCGUCCGUGGGGAUUACUGUGUUGAGUCUGUGCGCCUUGAGUAUUGACAGGUAUCGUGCCGUGGCCUCCUGGAGUCGAAUCAAAGGCAUCGGCGUUCCGAAGUGGAUGGCCAUCGAGAUUGUUCUCAUCUGGUUGUUAUCCAUCAUCUUUGCCGUGCCAGAGGCAAUAGCCUUCGACAUGAUCACCAUGGACUACAAAGGAGAAGAACUGAGGAUCUGUCUGCUGCACCCCAUGCAGAAAACGGAGUUUAUGAGGUUUUAUAAAUCAGCAAAGGACUGGUGGUUGUUCAGUGCAUAUUUCUGCCUGCCGUUGGCCUGCACGGCCAUUUUCUACACCCUGAUGACCUGCGAGAUGCUAAGGAAGAAGAACGGCGUGCAGAUCGCCCUCAGCGACCAUAUUAAGCAGCGGCGGGAGGUGGCCAAGACGGUGUUUUGCCUGGUCCUGGUGUUCGCUCUGUGCUGGCUUCCUCUCCACCUCAGCCGCAUCCUGAAGCUCACCAUCUACGACGAGAAGGACCCUAACCGCUGCGAGCUGCUCAGUUUCUUUUUGGUGUUGGACUACAUCGGCAUCAACAUGGCCUCCAUCAACUCCUGCAUUAACCCCAUCGCCCUCUACAUGGUCAGCAAGCGCUUCAAGAACUGCUUCAGGUCCUGUCUUUGCUGCUGGUGCUUACCCGCCGAAAUGCUGUUGGAUGACAAGCAGUCGUGUAUGAAGCUCAAAGUCAGUGACCGAGCCUCCGAACAGAGCCACUCCCGCAUCACCAACAAGUCCAGCACGGCCUGAAAAGGCACACCUGGAGGUGGGACAAGAGACGGUACAAGGACCUAAAGAGAGAAAGAGAGGGAAAAGAAAGAAAGAAAGAAAAACAACUAAUUUGAUGUACGACUCAGAGAACGAGGCCCCAUUCGAAGAUGUCAUAUAAGUGGUCACAGAUGUGCCUUUUGGAAAUCAGCCUACAUAGAAAGCGUACUCAUACACACCUUCUUUAUCCAAAGCAAGAUGGGAGCAUCAGCGGAGUUCAGAAACCGCAGUCCGGAUUAUUAGUUCAGCACUAGAACCAUGUAAAUGUGAACAAAUCUUUGAGAAAAAGAGAGGAUAAAGUCGAGGAGGGUUGCUGAAAAAGGGUCAGUGAGCUGAAACAGCCAGUCAGACCCGCACUCUGGACGCAGGUUGUUACUUUGACACAACGGAUCUCUCAUUGGACGAUUGUAUGAAUGUAGCUGACACACCAUCCUGAAAGCCUCUAAGGCUGCUCUUGUUCAUGUAAUGUAUAUUCAGUUAAAGGAGUGUAUGUGUCAAUCAUCUUACAUGCUUUGAAUACCAGCCACUAGGCGUGGAACGGGAUCACAGCAUGAGAUCCUGCGAUAUUGAAAUACCACAACGUUUGUCUUCAAGGUCACGUCCGCCUUGCUCAGCGCCAUCAAGCUGCCGAUUGUAUCUGAUUUUGUCUGGUGACACAAGGAGAAGCAAUUCCUGUGAGGUUUAGAUUGGAAGCUGAGAGCUUUCAUGGUGACUCCCUGUUUUUAUUUAGCUCUAUUAUUAUGAAAUAAGGAAGGAAGUAGUUCUUGAGUUGUGUUCACAGAGUCGAUUAAAAUAGUGUGGCUCAGCCUGGCUAGCAACAUUAGGUCAGGUCGGGGCCGAAGAGCCCUAUGUCACUUUUAAAGGCUUCAUGUGACAGCAUUGUAAAUAGUAAACAAUGGAAUGACAAAAAUAGAGACCCCCCCCCCUCCCCCCCGCCCCCAAAAAAAUAUAUAUAUAUCGUCUGAUGACUAGGAUUGUGCUGUUUUCUGCCUGAUCAGCCCAAAUCCACUGACUGGCUGGUCAAAUCUGAACGAUCGAAUCUUUGCUGACAGUGGCACUCUUUGGUGUAGAUGUUAAGGAGUCAAGAAGACUGACAUCUGUUUUUGUUUUGUUUUUUCAGUAUGGGUGGGAUCUUUAAAAGUGAAGGAAAAUGGACCAUGUAUUCAUACAACAUGUCAAGACUUAUCUGUGGUUCUUUCAAGCAACGACAGAGAGAGAGAGAGCAAGACUUUAAGCAGAUACCAGGAAGGCUGAACACAUUGCAGUAAAGUUGCUCUGUCCUUCUCGUUGGACCUUUCAAUGUUUGUCAUGAGACAUUCUGGGUUUAGAAAUAAUGCUCGCACUCUUUUGUGAAUCUCAGAGUUAAGGUAAUGAACUCAGUCUAAUGAUUAAUGUUAGCUACACUAGUAGCUAAUUUGAAAAAUGCUAAUCUCUGUUAUUAUUUUGGAUUUGAUUUACAGUAGCGGUGAAACUCCUCUCUCAGGCACACAGUGAGACAUCACCUCAGCCCAUCUUAGGAAUAAAUUACCUCCACUCACAAAAGGAGUGAUAGAAAGAAAUGGAAAGCUGUUCUCAUAUAAUUUUAUAUUGUAAGAGAAACUAAAAUUGAUCAGAGUGUGGCCGAACCCAGGACCUCUACAGUGUCUGCUUCAGAGCUGCCAAUCGGUGCUAGACUAAAGGGCUUUUCCACAGAUCUAAAUCUAACAUACUGGUUUGAGAGGUCAAACCUGAGCUGGAUCAUUCUGCCCUGAACAGAGGUUCUUUAAAACUUUAGGACCACCAAACGUAAACAUUGCACAUACCAUGCUGUAUGAUGGACAAGUCAAACUAGACUGAAUUAUUUCACAAAGGUUUCCAGAUUGUGUGUUUCUGAAAAGCUCUGAGACCAAACGGAUCGCUGGAGUCCAGAUGUGGAUAAUUAUAUGAAAAGUCGCCACACUUCAGAAUCAAAAAGUGCUGGAAAGAGAUCAGUCGCACCUCUGGCUUGUGGGUUGUUCAAUGUGAAAAGAAUUGGACAUAUUUACCCACACCUAUAUCCCUAACUCUGUGAAUCAAAAAACUGAGCUUUUAUUAGUUUGCCCAUAAGUUUGAAAAAAAUAUAAAUCUAGAAACUGGAUGUGGUUUGUAGCUUUAUUAUAUUGCAAAAGAUUUUUUCUUCCUCAUUCUUCCUCAUUUUCAAACCGAAAACGUUACUUGUUUUAAUGAUUGCUGCUUUGAAUGCUGUGCUGUGACUGAAGGAGUUUUGCUAUCACUUUAUUACCUUUAUCUACUUGGUUUGUGACCAUAACGACAAAUAAGUUGUUCAUAACUUGGAGCCACUCACCGCCUUCUGAAAAGCUGAAACAUUACAAGGAUUGUGACCCCAAGAUGCUAAAUCUAAUUUCUCUUCCAGACACAUACGAUGUUUUUGAAUGUAGAAAAUUUCCGCCCCCCCCCCAAAAAAAAACUCAUCUCCUUCUCAUGGACACAACAUCUUAUAUUUUUUGGUCUCAUACCCUGAAUGUAUCACCACGCCCCUAAUUACCACAUUAUCGCUUUAAACAUGUCUGUUUUCUCUCUAGUUCCUAAACUAUUGCUGUCGUGUUAUCCUGUAUGGUAAAUGGGCUCCUCAUGCAGUUUUUAUUGCUCCAUGGCUGACCUCGCGUCCUAUUAUCUUAAUCUGACUCAUUACCUUAGCUGUUAUCCAGUGACGUACAGUUUUCCCUCCAACACGGACAAUAAAAAAAACGCUGUUGUGAA